AUGCUUCAUUCACAUAAAAAUAAAAGUAACAAUACCGGUGUUAUUGAUGACGAGUUGAAAUUUGAUAAUGAUGAUGAUAAUAUUCAUGAACCUGCUACUAAUGAUCGAUAUGAAGUUGAAGCUGUCCAUUCAAAAAAACUUAUUGAUGGUAAAGAAAUGUAUUUAAUACAAUGGAAAGGCUACACAAAAGCCACUUGGGAACCAGUUGAAAAUCUUGAUGGAUGUAAAGAAGCAUUAAAAAGAUUUCAUAAACUUGCUAAAGAUACAGAUAUUGAUUUUUCAUCCAAAAUUGGCAAAGGAAGGAAACAAAGACCGAGAUCUGAUGAAUUGCAAAAUCGAUUAAAGACUUGUUAUGCAGAUGGUAGAAGAACAGAUUUAGAUUUGUAUCAAAAAAUUUGGAUAAAAAGAAAUUAUCCUGGGAAAAAUGAACGUACAGAACCAAGGAUUGAAACCGUUACGUUUUAUUAA